UCUGAACACAGCUGUUCGGCAUUUUUUCAUUUCUACUUUUAAGGCGUUUUCUGUUUGUUCUUUAUAAUUAAUGGAAAAAUAUUAAUUAAUAUUUAAAUGAAAAUGGGUUUUCCAUCGAUCACCACAAUUUUGGGAGUAGCCUUUCUCGGCUACAUCGGUCACUCAAUGUGGAUGAUGGCCCAAUUGUUUACCACACUCAAGUGUAGUGACAUUCCUUGCUACACUUCCUUUCUGACAAAUAAACCACGUAUGCAAGUAGCUCUAUUUACCUCCACCAGUGCAAAUCCCAUUUCUGCUGAGGUUACUAAACUGGAAUCGUUAAAGAAUUUCAAUUACUGGGAACAUUAUGAAAAAGACUAUGAAAUUCAAGUACCGGCAAAGACAAGACGCAAUGGCACAUUGCACUUACAAGUAGUAUUGGCUUUAGAAGGUGAACCAUUGGAAUGGAAGACACUUAAAAGAGAUGGACCCACUGUAAUACAUAGUUUAAGUAUUACCGAGUACAUGGUUCCAAAAGCUGAAGCCUUUAAUUUAUUAGGAGAGAGUGGUAAUAAGGACCAACAGAAAGAACCAAAAGCAAAGAAAAAUUCAGCUGCAUCAGUUAAACCCAAAACUCAUAUUAUGUCUGAAGUACAUGUAUCUUUGCUUACCGAUCUGAUCUCAUUAUCUGCUAAAGAUGUUCCACCUGAAAUGGCACAGUUGAUACAUGUCAAUCGACAUCAACAGAUUUUACCCAUUUUGAAGACUGAUUUUUUUAAUAUACGCAUGAAAAAUUUAGUUCCAGUUAAUCGUAAUAUGACCACAUUUACUAUAACAUUUCAUUUCCGUCCCAUGAGUAUUGGUAAAUUACGUCUAAUGCUUAUGAUAGAGCAUGCAAUGAAGAUGAUGCUUCAAAUGGGUUUCACCAAAAACGAUAUUGAAGAAGUUAAAUCAGUACUGUCUGACACUAAUCUAUAUUUUCUUUUGGCCACUAUAUUUCUUGCCAGUGUUCAUACUCUUUUUGAUUUUCUUUCCUUUAAAAACGAUGUAAUAUUUUGGCGCCAACGAAAGUCUUAUCAAGGUCUCUCAAUGCGCACUACACUUUGGCGUUGUUUUUCACAGAUCGUUAUAUUUUUGUACUUGUUGGAGGAGAAAAGCUCUUUAUUGGUCUCAAUACCAGCGGGAGUUGGAGUUUUAAUUGAAUUAUGGAAAUGCAAAAAAAUUCUCAAACUAGAAGUCACAUUAAGGGGCAUACACAAACGUUCAGAUGAAGGUGAGGCAAAAGCAAUUGGUACCGCAGAAUCGAAGACCGAAGAAUUCGAUAAACAAGGCAUGCGCUAUCUCAGCUAUUUAUUGUAUCCCUUAUGCAUUGCUGGUGCAGUGUAUUCAUUAAUUUAUCAACCUCAUCGUAGUUGGUAUUCUUGGACAUUGAAUUCUCUGGUUAAAGGCGUCUAUGCAUUCGGUUUCCUCUUUAUGCUUCCUCAAUUGUUUGUUAACUAUAAACUUAAGUCUGUGGCGGAUCUGCCAUGGCGCGCAUUUAUGUAUAAAGCAUUUAUAACAUUUAUUGAUGAUGUAUUUGCCUUUAUUAUAACUAUGCCAACUGCCCACCGUGUUGCAUGUCUACGUGAUGAUGUUGUAUUCCUUAUAUAUCUGUAUCAACGUUGGCUGUAUCCCGUUGACAAGAAACGUCUUGAUACUGGCCUUACUAUCGAAGAGACGUUGGAUAAUGAGGAUUUGACUCAGCGUCUGAUGGAAAAUGCAACAGAGACUACUGCCACUACUAGUGUAGAAGAUAAAAAACUUAAAUAAAUAAAUGUAGAAGACUUUUUUAAUUUUAAUAAUAUUUUAAUAAAUACAUUCCAUAUUUUAAUGUAGACAAA